UUUGACGUACAAAAAAGGUCGUUUUACAUGAAAAAAGAGAGGCAAAGGCAUAUUGGUUUUUGAGAGGACGUGAGUUUGGCAUGUAAAACGUAGUACAAACCUACCUAACCCUUCUUCACUACAAACCACCUUCAAUUUCAAACACCCUUUUUCUUUCAUUCACAAAUGAAUCCACAAUUCAAACCCAAACUACACUCCGGCAGCACCACCGGUUGCGACACCAGUUUGCUCGAGAGACAACAAGCGAGAACCAAAUGGCAACAAAACCAUGCCUUUUUCAAUGGGGAUGAUGAUGAUCAUCAUCAUCACCUUCAAAAUAUGUUCAAUUCUAUGCCACUAACUCAACAACAGUUUUCGGGUUUGAUCGAUGACCACCCGAGGUUAGACGAGGUUAAACCGGACCCGGGAAUGCAGGAACGGUGGCCGGAUUUUGGUGGGGGUGUAUAUGGUGAUCAAUUGGGUUAUGGGUAUAUGAAUCAAAACACACUUGUGAAUCAGACAUUUCUACAGGGGAAUUCAGGUUCAGUUUCGGUUUCAGUGUCACCUAAGAAGAGGAAAACUGAUGAGGGUCAAAGCCUACAGCUAGUUUCUGAAAAAGAGAAGAGGAUAAAAGGGUGUGCUGAAGAAGGAGAUUCUAAGAUCACACAUCAAUAUAGCAAUUGUGACAAUAAGAGCAGUAAUAACAGCAAAGAAGCUUCUACAAACACUUCAUCUAAGGAGAAAUCUAAGGUUUCCGAGGUUCAAAAACCCGAUUAUAUUCAUGUUCGAGCUCGCCGUGGCCAAGCCACCGACAGCCAUAGUUUAGCCGAAAGAGUAAGAAGGGAGAAGAUCAGUGAGAGGAUGAAGUACCUGCAGGAUUUGGUACCAGGGUGCAACAAAAUCACAGGGAAGGCUGGAAUGCUUGAUGAAAUCAUCAAUUAUGUUCAAUCCCUUCAAAAACAAGUAGAGUUCCUGUCCAUGAAACUUGCUACUGUUAAUCCGGAGCUAGACUUCAACAUCGAUAAUGUAUUCAUGAAAGAGAUGUUCCAAUCCUCGACAAGCGAAUUUCCAGCACUAGGGUGUUCUCCGGAAACAGCUAAUUCUGCAUAUUUUCAAUUAAGUUCAUUAGAGCAAGCGGUUUCAUGCUGUGGAUUAGACAUGGGAAUGAACUCAACGGAAAUGGCAUUAAGAAGAAGUAUUAGUGUUCCAACUUCUGUCCCUGGAACAUUUAUGGAUUCAUCCUGUUUCAAUCAAAUCCAGCCAACUGCUACCUGGGAUGCUGAUUUACAGAAUCUGUACAAAAUGGAAUUUGAACAAGGAACAUUGAUACCAUUUCAAUCCCAUCAAUUUACAGGUUUAAAUGAAGGAAGCAAUCUGAAGAUGGAGAUGUGAUCAGUAGAAGAAAUUUUUUUGGCAUGGAUUUAAGUCGAAAUGUUAUUAUCCUUAUUCUUUACUCAUUUGCCCAAGUAUAUAUCGUUAAUGCAAGUAAGAAUACUGGCAUUGUAGGAACAAUAAUUAGAAUAUAGAAUGCAUAUUAACAAA